AUUGCUCAAUCCUUUGCACACGGCCCACAACCUGUCAAGCGAUUUCGCAGAAGAGUCACACCUGCACGCAGCUUUCAUUGGACCGUACGCUCAACUUGAUUACCCAGUUGCCAACACUUUAAGCAAGAAUGGAGACCAAAUCUGCUCAAGGGCCACUUCCCGGAUAUUCGGACCCCGCCCACCCCACGGCUGGGUACGGCCCCGCUCAACCUGGGUACGCUCCUGCUCAACCGGGGUACGGCGCUCCCCAACCCGGGUACGGCGCUCCCCAACCCGGGUACGGCGCCCCACCCCCCGCGUACGGCGCCCCACCCCCCGGGUAUGCACAGACAAACACCACCGUGGUGAUGGCCCAGCCGUCAACGGUGUUGCUGCAUCCAGCCCGACUGGGCGAGGCUCCCGCCCAGCUGCAGUGUCCCCGUUGUAACGCUCAGAUCGUUUCAUCCACCUAUUACGAGACAGGUUCCCUCACAUGGCUGGCUGCUGGGAUCAUCUGUAUUGUGGGAUGCUGGGCUGGUUGUUGCCUCAUCCCUUUCUGCGUUGAUGGAACCAAAGACGUCAUUCACCAGUGUCCAAACUGCAAGAGCCAAAUCGGAGCCUACCGGCGAUUGUAAACCAACGGAAAUGCCGCCCCCCGAACAGGAAGACAACUUCACCGUACCACUGAAUGUGCCUCAGUCAACUUGCUGCUUUUCGGGGACAGGAUGAGAGACCCAAACUUGCACUAUCUCCGAAAUAAUUCUAGAGAUCGAUUCUCUGUGGAAGCCAUCUGUAAUAUGGUCCCUACUUAAAUUAUAUACAUUUUGAAACAAAGUAUAAAUUCUACCUUUGCAGUUUCUUAAAUACAUAUUCGGCAACACCCAAGGACCAAACUUGGUACACGCGUGUCACCAAUGAGUAUUGUACUUAUCACGCAUGUAGAUCUGAUUUAUACAUAAUGAGGGUUUCUUGUUAUAUGACGUACGCCCUGAAUAUGAAUCUGUCUCAUUUGAAAUUUGAGAGACUUGUAAAUAUCAUACGGAAAGUACUUUUUAUGUAUAAAACAUCUUGCUCUUUAUGCAGUACUUUUAAUAUGCUGAAGUAACCUGUGAUAAAAAAACACACUCACUAUUCGUUAUAUUUACAGUUUUUGUCACUGACUGUUUGCAUACUGUUUGCAAAUACUGAAAAAGCACCUAUUGUAACGCAUUGUGUUAGUUUUAUUCACUAAUGUACUUUUAAAAGGUUACCAAGUUGGUGGUAAUCAAACGAUAUUCUGAUUCUUUUUAGACUUCGCCUUCGUUUUGUUUCGAUAUGUUAUUAUAGUUUCUUAUAUGUUUAUAUGCUACAAUAUACCCUUGGCGUGAGUUUUACUCCAUGAUCUUAUUUUUUGGAAUACUGUUUAUCUGGUUGUUAAGUAUCGCCAAAACACAUCAUUAGGAAAUGGGCCUUUUUAUAAAAACUUAAAAUAUUAUACACUGAAAAACAAAGUUAGGAUCAUUAAUAUUUAUAUGUUUCCGAAACUAUGUGUCCGGUCUGUACCACAAAAAUAUUCCCAAAAAUGUUCACGAGCCAUAACUGUUCUUGCUCAAUAGAUAAUCAUGUAAUGAUAUUUGGACUACGUGGGUUGGGCGAUAAUAUGUUCCAAUUAAUAUGCUUGUUAUUUAACAUAUUGCAGAGUGCGGAGUUAAACAACAAACAAACAUUAAUCAAUCCAGAAAUCACUACUGCAAAUCUUAAGACGAUAUUGCUCUGAUCUUUCAAACGCAUGGGUAAUAUUUUUAAGUCUUAAUUGUGAUUUUACAGCACGAUAAACGAGGUCCUGUGUGUUUUGGCUCACCAUUUUCCCCCGUGGACACAUUUGUCACUUUCAGAAAAGAGGAAAUUACUCAGAUUUCGUCAUACCUGAUUAUUCUUUUCAUUCAGAUAUUGCUCCUUUGGGAGGCAUUUAGAAGUUGGAGUACUAAGUAAGGAUAAGAUAUAUGGGUGGACAAUUGUAAUAAAUUGUUCAUCCAUAUAUCUUGUCCUCCCUUAUAUAUUGCUCCUCAAGAUAUUUGCUGUAAUGGACGAAAUUUUAAAAUACUUCCAGUACAGAGCAUGUUAAGCAAAGAACAUGACAUGAGGUGCAGAUUUCCUAGUUAUGAUGACGAUGGCCGUCGUGAAGACUCCUUCUACCCCAGAACGUUCCUGGGAAGACUACGUGCAUGAUGAAUUGUUUCUUUGUUAUAAUAAAAGCGACAGAACCCUUUCAAUAGUCGAUUCCGACUAUAUCAUGAUCAUGUGUUUAUGAAUCACUGUCAAAUAAUGAUACCAGGUGUUCGCGAAAAUUAUCAACCAUUCCCCUGAUUUUUUCCCCAAAGGGCCCUCACAGUUACAAACUCCAUGUUGAUUGCCUUGACAGGAUGCCAGGGGCAAUUCCUACACUUUGCCCGUCAUUUGCGAGAAAACCAUAUCCGGAGCUGAGAGGGUGCGGGUCAAAUGUACCGUGACCUUGACCUUCACACACGACGGGGGCUUCCGGUAGAACAGGAAAUGUUCACGAUGCUCGCUUGUUUCCCCGAACACAUGGUGUCAUUGUUACAUGACAAUGAUACACAAGAGAAGCUUUCUGUGAAGUUUAGGUGCGGUCGGGUAGCCUAGUGGUUAAAGCGUUCGCUCGUCACGCCGAAGACCCGGGUUCGGUUCCCAGCAUGGGUACAAUGUGUAACGCCCAUUUCUGGUGUGCCCCGCCGUGAUAUUGCUGGAACAUUGCUAAAAGCGGCGUAAAACCAUACUCACUCAUUCUGUGGAGUUUAAACCAGGACCCUGCGCUGUGCUGUACUACAGAGAUAAGAAUAUAAAUACCCCAGACUUUGACGUUUUAAAUGUGCGUCUCUUCACAUCGUUUUACCCAAUAGUUUCUUGGUCUAAGUCACUAUUUUCCUUAUACACUGAUCUCGUAGGAUCUAAUUACGGUUGAUAUAAUAAUCAAUAGCUGCUUAUUGCAUACCUUAUUUCCCAAUAGUGUGAAUGUAUUUUGUGCCUUUGCACUAUUUGCGAUUAUACGUCGUAUGGAAAUUGUGUUCAGACAAAUUGUUAUAAAGUUUGUUUCAUGAAUGUGUAAACGAAUGACGAGUUGUUUUUGCUCUUACCACAUAUCAAACCAAAGCCAGAACCUUGACCAUGAACCCUUACCCGUUUCGAAAUUGUUUAAAAUCACUAUAUAACAGUGUUUUAAAGUUCCAAAAUGAGUGUAUGGAUUGUAUGUAGAUAUUUUGCCUAGAACAGAUUGUAUUUGUUCUGAAGUAUACUCUAUUUUGCUUAUAACAUAUAAAUUAUUUGAAUACCUCUGUGUAUCUUGGGUCUCGGAUAUUUAGAGUUAGUGAGUGAGUUGGAUUUAACGCCGCUUUUAUCAGUAUUCCAGUUAUAUCACGGCGUGUCUGCAUAAUACGGGAGGAAAGCCUGAAGUGAUGCAGGUCUCAGACGUUUACCUCUUCGGUGAAACCCACGAGCACGGGUAUGGUGCUGACAAACCUAGAAACAUACUCGGAGCGAACCGGGAUUCGAACCCAAGAUCAUAGGUUUCUGGCGUGCCCAAGAGACGCAACUCUGCACAGCGAAUCGCGGCGCCUUAGACGACUGGGCCACCCGUGCCCCCGGAUAUUUAGAGCACAGCUGAAGACUCUGAUCCACUGGAUGUUUGGGUCACGAGUAGUACAUAUAUACCACGAUAAUGUACACAAACCAGUGUGUCCCAGUCGUCUGUGCAGAGUAGCGGCCCUUGUGCAUGUCAGGAACGCAGGUUCGAAUCCCGGUUCAACCCGAUUAUGUUUCUAGGUUUGUCAGCACCUUAACCAUUGUUUUACUGAAGUUGUAAACGUCCGAGACCUGCAUCACUUCGGGCUUUCCUCUCACAUCUUGAUGACACGCCGUGAUAUAACUGUAAUACUGUUGAAAGCGGCGUAAACUCAACUCACUCACUCAUCCACAACUCAAACCAAUACACUGUAUAUACAUGUAGAGCUGCAAGCACCUCGCGAUUCAGACAGAGAGCUGGGCCUGAAGUUGAAUAUCAAAAUUGCCAUUGUACAGGCAUGUGCUAUUCAUUGGACAAGUAUUUGGACGUGCUCUUAGACAGAAGACAGGUGACAGUACUUUUGCCAGACAAAAAAGGAACAAGUUUCGCAUUCGCCUUUGUUCUCGCACCUGUACAUUCAUAUCCGGAUCUUUCAAUGUGUAAUCCAUGUGACAAGCCAUGAGAUUAGAGACCUUUUGGAUGAAAAAUCACAUUCUGAUAUUCUUGAUAUAUUUUAAAACUACGGUAUCUUAGAACCAUGAUAAUACAAUUCGUAAGCUUCAAUUCUCACUUAUUUCAGAGAUGCAUGACAUCAAACAUUUGGACCUAUUUUCUACAAAGUCCCAUUUUCACACUUAACUUCAUGCAAUAGUUGCCGUUUUUAAAUAUAUGAUCUGCUUAACUGAAAGUAGACAUGUAAGCUGAAAUGUUUUGAAAUGGUUUUAUUACAUUACGCACUAACGAGAGAGAAAUGGUAUAUUUUUGUACAGUCCGCAGCGAUGGCAGUUUUUACGUUGACGUCAAACGUCUGUCUUUGUGACGUGCUAUGCACAGUUGUAUCCUGGCACCGAUGAGGUCCCUUCUCUCCUGGUGGGUCGUAUAUAUUAAUCGGUUAUACUGAUUUUCCAAAAUCUAAAUAUGAUUCAAAACAACUAUCAUAUUUUUUAAAAUCUCCAAAUGAAAUAGUUUUAUGUUUCAGCUAAAAGAUACGAUACUACUUUUAUAAGAGAUAUUUUUAAACUUCAUGUACAUGAUUGUGUAUCCUGAUGCUUACAUAAUUAUAUUUUCUCUCGUUGACUUGUUUCUUCACUGUCUUGUACUGUGUGUCUGAUAAUAAAUGUACGACUGAUGUAUGUAAAAAAUCGUUAUAGUUCACAAUAAAUGACUUAAAUUAAA